GCUACGGGAGGGCGGCGCGUCCUGAUGACAUCAUCGCGCCCGUGUUGUGAUUGAUGUCCGGGGUUGGUUGCUGAUUUCUGACACUGAUGAUGGGAACCGGCCGAGACCCGGAGCUGAGGAGCCAGAGUGGGGGCGAGGAGGAUGGGGACCCCGCCGAGAGAUCCUCACCGAGCCCCUGGAACAUCAUGAUUAAACAUCGUCAGGUUCAGCGCAGAGGACGGCGUGCUCAUGUAUCAGUCAGCUUUACUGACCCAGCUGUGUCCAUGGAUCUUCUUCGUGCUGUUCUACAGCCAAGCAUUAAUGAGGAAAUUCAGAAUGUUUUUAAUAAGUACAUGAUGUUCUUUCAGAAAGCUGCUUUGAAUGUGAGAGAAAAUGUUGGGGAUCAGGUAGACCCCGAGCAGCUAAUCCGUGACACAUGCCGCAGUUGUCUUGAGCAGGCUAAGGGUCUCUUUACAGACAAGAAGAUAAUGAAGACUGGCAUAGAGGUUCCCGCGAUGAAGCGACCGAGACAGGUAGAUGAGGAGUCAAACAUGCGGAGGAGUCCAAUACCCAAAAAGAGAAAGGGGCGCCCCCCCUCGCACCUCUCCACCGACAAAGCUGCUUUUACUUUGGGGCUGAAAAUCAAGACGGUCGAUCCCAUUCGACGUGAAGGGCCAAAGUGGGAUCCAUCUAGACUGGAUGAGAAAACGACAUUUGUGCUGGGAUCACGUGCCAAUAAGGCUCUAGGCAUGGGAGGGACCAGGGGUCGGAUUUAUACCAAACACCCAGAGCUGUUUAAGUAUGCAGCUGAUGCCCAGGACAAGCAGUGGCUGACAGAACAGCAGCACAUGAAAGCCACAGGUGGCAAAAUGGUGUACCUUCUUUUGGACCAAGAUAUUCUAGAUUUAGCAACCACUGAUGAGUAUAGAGACUCGUUGGAGCUGAGGCUAGAUGAGUUGAAGCAAUUUGUCGUUCCACUUUGGAUGACUGUGAAGAUGAAAAAGUACAUGGAGCUGGUGCGGACGGAACAGGAGUAGCUGCCAAAUGUUGUGUUAACUCUGACACUCCUCGAAUUAUCUUCUUGAAAUGUGGUUGACUUUCAUAAUGAUAAAAGCUAUUUUACAAAGCCAUCAUGGCCAAAUGACAAUAAAGUGCUCAGUAAUGGUGGGGCAAAAAGCAGUGAUGAUUAAAAAAAAAAAAAAAAAAAAAAAAAGGAGGGG